AUGAACCUCUGCAAACUCCCAUCCUCAAAGAAGCCCGACGAGGUUGUUGCUGAUCUUCAUUGUGAAGGGAGGCUAAAAUCACAAAACCCAUUUGCACACAGCAAUCACAUCCUUGAUUUCUGCAAACCCACAAAGGCCUUCCACACCUAUUCAAUUGUCUGGAACAGCCAGAGGAUUAUAUUCUUAGUAGACAACAUUCCAAUCAGAGUGUUCACCAACUUGGAAACAAUUGGAGUUCCAUUUCCCAAAAACCAACCCAUGAGGAUUUACUCAAGCCUCUGGAAUGCUGAUGACUGGGCAACAAGAGGUGGACUUGUGAAGACUGACUGGACACAAGCUCCUUUCACUGCCUCUUACAGAAACUUCAAGGUCUCCACUACUACAUCUACAUCUACCAACUCCUUAACAGAGCAGAGUGCAUGGCAGACUCAAGGGCUUGAUGCGGAGGCCGUUGACGACGGAGAUCCGGGUCCGAUCGGAGGACGAACUGGGUCCGCAGCCGGGCAGGCUCUGGUUGGCGACGUUGGAGCGGUCGAGAGCCUCGAGGCGGACCUUGAGGACCUUGGCCUUCUUGAGGGCGAGGGUGACGUCGGCGUCCAUGCGAGAUCGGAGGUCCUUGACAGCCUUGGCGUUGUGGAGCGUCUUGCUGUGCUCGUGAGAGGACUGGAGGUUCUGGUGGAGGCGCUCCAGCUCCUUGAGCUCGUCCUUCACGGACUCCACGUCGCCGAAGAACUUGUCGUGGUUGACGCCGUCGGUGCUCGACCCGGCCGAUGACAUCUCGAUCACGUG